AUAAAAGCUGUUAGCUGCUCCUGCAGCCAGCAGCAUUCAAACCUUGCAGAGUUUUGCUCUCUCUGAGUUUGUAAUAAGACACACUCUUACAAGAGUUCAUGCUACAACCUAGCAAAGAACUUUAAAUUUUUGGAAGAACAGUAUAUUCAUUUUGGCAUUGUGCAGAGCAAACUCGGUGGCCUCUUCUCCACCCCUCAAAAUGAUAGCAAUCUCUGCAGUCAGCAGCGCACUCCUGUUCUCCCUUCUCUGUGAAGCAAGUGCAGUCGUCUUACUCAAUUCCACUGACUCAUCCCCGCCAACCAAUAAUUUCACUGAUAUUGAAGCAGCACUAAAAGCACAACUAGAUUCUGCGGAUAUCCCUAAAGCCAGGCGGAAGCGCUACAUUUCGCAGAAUGACAUGAUCGCCAUUCUUGAUUACCAUAAUCAAGUUCGGGGGAAAGUGUUCCCACCAGCUGCGAACAUGGAAUAUAUGGUUUGGGAUGAAAAUCUUGCAAAAUCUGCAGAGGCUUGGGCAGCUACUUGCAUUUGGGACCAUGGACCUUCUUACUUACUGAGAUUUUUGGGCCAAAAUCUGUCGGUACGAACUGGAAGAUAUCGCUCUAUUCUCCAGCUGGUCAAGCCAUGGUAUGAUGAAGUGAAAGAUUAUGCUUUUCCAUAUCCUCAGGAUUGCAACCCCAGAUGUCCUAUGAGAUGUUUUGGCCCCAUGUGCACACAUUAUACGCAGAUGGUCUGGGCCACCUCCAAUCGGAUAGGAUGUGCAAUUCAUACUUGCCAAAACAUGAAUGUUUGGGGAGCUGUAUGGCGACGCGCAGUUUACCUGGUGUGCAACUAUGCCCCAAAGGGCAAUUGGAUUGGAGAAGCACCAUAUAAAGUAGGGGUACCAUGUUCAGCUUGCCCUCCAAGUUAUGGAGGAUCUUGUACUGACAAUCUUUGUUUUCCAGGAGUAACAUCAAACUACCUAUACUGGUUUAAAUAAGCUUAUCUUUUCCUUCAGGAAAUAGAAUGGUUUCUGGGAAUAGGCAUAUAUAUAUAUUGAGUUUUGCACAUAGUAUACAUAUUUUAUAAUAAUCUUGUUUUCCUUUUAUUAUUCAUUGUAUAAAUUUGUGUUUGUCUAGUAUGUUUGCUUCAUCUUGAAGUAAUCAAAACAUCCAUUUCUAUCUCUUGAUCUCUAAGCCCAAAUUAAAAUAUUGUAGAUAUAGUAUUGACAUAGUUGAUGCAUCCAAUCCCAAAACUUGCUUUCCAAAGGAAUUAUGUUAUAUUUGUAAGGAAUAAAAUAUAUACUUGACUUAUAUGUGUGCGUGUAUAUAGAUACAUAUAUACACAUGUAUAUUUAUAUACAUGCACACACAUAUAAUAGAUUAUGUAACGCAGACAAUAACGUGAUUCAGUAGUUAACUUGAGGGAAAUUUUUAAAAACACUAUUCUGAAAUAUAUAUGAGGUGGUGGGACAUCUUCAGCACCCAUUUCUAUAAUUACUACAAAGUGAUAAAUUGCAAAUAAUAGUGAUAUCUGGACAUAAUAAUUUAAUUGAUCACCCAAGAUUUCAUUCUGGAGGUAUAUUUUGUCUUAUUUGGGUUCACCAAAGGAUAUGCUCAACUUAUGUAAGUGUCAAAUCAUGCUUUUUGUUUAAUCACUUUUAUUGAAUCAGUAAUCAUGUGUCGAGUGCUUACUGUGUGCAAGGCACUCUGCUCGUUAUGUUCUGAAAAUGCAAAGAUAAUGAGAUACAGUUCCUGCCUUCAAGAAGCUCACAAAAAUAUUCAGAAAAUAAUGCAGUUUAAUGAUUUUGCUAUAAAUUUACAGUUUUUUUUAAAUUGAUUUUAAUGUAAGUUUGAGGAAGUAGAUGCCACCAUGCUCACCUGUUGGGGGAAUAGGUGAUAAGACACCCUCUAUAAUAUGUGAGGCUUCUGAUUAGCAUGAAAAUGUAGCUACAAUGCUUGGAACUAAAAGAGGCAGGACAAGAAUUAACUGCCCAGGGAUUACUGUAUUAAAUAGUUGUGACUUUGGAAGACAGAAAACAAAACGCGAAAAAAAUUCUGAGAAAGCCCAAGAGAAUUAAGGUAUGAAAAGUCACAGAAAUACAGUUACUGCACAAAAAAAUAUAGGCGGAGAGCUUCAGAAGGGCCUAUCCUGAGAGUGUAGCAUAUCUUGAGGCCAGUCAGCAGAGGGUAAAGGAUGCCAGAAAAAAAAACAAAAACAAAAACAAAAACAAAACAAAAACUGGAGAGAUGCCAGGACACUUCUGUCUCUUUAUGUCAUUAUUUGGUGAGAAUCAAUCCAAUCACCAUGAGCCUUUGAGCAUCACAUUAAAGAUCCUGUACGCACACCAUAGUUAUGGCUUUGCAGAGUAGCCCUCUUCAGAUGGUUCGCUAAGGACUACUUACCAAAUCUUAUUUCUAUGUCUGUGAAGAAGAAUAAUUUUCAGUCCUCCAUUAAGUUUGAUUGUGGAAGUCUAAUCAAAGUCACUAUGAAAAUUUCACUCAUAAGAUUUUGGAAAUGCGGUGUUUCCUCAUUCAGGAAACCACUUUAGAGAGAAAAAGUCAACAUCUGGGUCAAGACACUUAUAUUAAUUUCAUGUGUGUGGUGGGGGUGAGUGAGUGAGAGAGACAGGGAGAGAAAGAGAUUCAAGUUAUGUAAAGCUUCCAUAGAGUUACAGAGUAAGCAAACAGCGUUAGUUCCAGAGUGCAAAUAACAGAAGGAAGCUACUUGUUUAAAAUUCUCUACACAUUUGCAGUUUCUUAGGGUGGAUGCACUGAAAGAUGAGUUAACUAAAUCCAUUCAAUGAGGGGAAAAUCCACCAUCUGGAGUUUAGGUUUACAUGAUGACAAACAAUUGGCCUGAUUCCUUUUACAAAUUGAAUGUGGUGACCAAAUGUUUUCAUAUCAUAAUAUUCUGCUUUUGUGGGCACAUAUAUAGACUUUACUAAACAUAAAUAUGUUUGGAGACUAAAAUGGAGAACAGAAGUAGUUGUAAGACUCGGCCCCCAGUCUAACUUUUAUCUAACUAAGGGCAAUUGGAGCAAAAAGUAAUUAGUGGGAUGUUUACUUGAUUUAUCUAGGAAGUAUUUCCAUCCUUCAUUUUCCUAUAUUAGUUCUACAGAAGUAGCAAAAGUACUAUUAAACAAAGAUGACUGUUCUUAGUUCCAGUUCUGUUGCUGGACUACUUGUGUGGCUUGGUUUCUCAGUUCUGAAAAAGAAUAAUGAUAUUUGCUACACAUUUCACAGAGAUUUCUAGGAGGCUAAAAUUACCAUAUUAAUAGAAAUUAAUGAAUAUGAAAAGCAUCAUUAACAUUAUGAAACUUAUUUGGGAUAAAAUUAAGUCUUAUGAGCUUCUCUCUGGCAGAAAUUUUGUCUGAUUCUUUGUGUUCAUCCCAGUUUCUUAUAUAGUGGCUAUAAUACAGUAAGUGUUUAAUGAAUGUGUCUACAAAUAUAUUUUUAGAAUUAACUAAAAAGUCUAGAAUUGCAACAGUGUAGAGGAGUCCCACCUUUCCAUGUUUUAUUAAAACAAAAAAAAUGUCUUAAAUACAAAGCUCUGAAUGCAUCAAAAAUCCAGAUAAAUCAUCAAACAUACCAGAUGAAGACUAGGGUCUCUGCAUGUAUAACUCAUACCACAGUCCUUUCCAAAUCACAACUAGAGCUAGACAUUUAUUUAUAAUUUAACUACUCAGCUGAAAAUAUAACGGGUAUUUUUGUUAUGCUAUCUGUACUUUUUAAAGUUAGUAAUAUAAAGUAGCCAUGUGAAAUGUUUCAUUUUCCAGGCUAAAGCAAAUGAAAAUUUGCUGGUGUCAACACCAUGUGUCAUAUUUUUCACAGCAUUCAACCGUGGUGCUAAGAGAGCUAUUUCUCGCUGUAAUUCCCAGGGGCAGAAAGAGUCUGGGUAGAAGAUAUUUCUUAAGAGCAGCUUUAAAUAGUCAAUAUUGAGGUUUUCAUUUCAAAUGAUUUCAUUCAAAAGAAGUCGCAUCCUACAUAUUCUACAUCCUACAUAUUCUACGUAUUCUUCUGAUCCUCUAUGGUAUAGAUUUUUUAUCACCCUUUAUUCAGUAAAAGAGUAAAAAAUGUCUGUCACAGUAUAGAUUUUUUUUUUGGCUUUCAUGUCAUCAGAAGACUGGAAAAUGACAAUUUUAGAUGUUACUCUGAUGGAUUUCUUUAUAGAAUUGUAUUUGAGGACUUGUGUAGGCACAGUCUUAAUGUCCCUGGUGAGGACAGAUCACCUUUUCAAUCUGCUUUUCAAAUGUGGUGGGAACAGUUUUUAUUAUUAUCAUUUUUGUUUCUGUUCAGUAGCCUAAGCAUUGGGACUUCUGUGGUCCUUGAGGGGAUCCCUACUGGCUUCGUUUGGCUGUGGCGCCAUAAUGUUCCCUUGAAACCUUUGUGGAAAUGUUCCUUUGGAAGCUCCGUGCAACUUCAGCACAGAGCUGACCAAACACUAAGGCAAGUUCAAAUACUACAAUUUAUUCCAACUAUUUGAAUUGAAACAACAUGUAUUUUUCUCAUUAACACAUGUGUUAAAUCAACUUAUAACAUUCACCUAAGCAAAUCUAAUACACAGUUAGGCCAGUUGAAGUGUUUUGUGAAAUGCUUAUGAAAUGAAUAUAGAAGCUAAACAGAUCAUUUGAAUGUGUCCAGGAAGGAAAGUAAUGCUCAGCCUGUGGUAUAUGUUCUCCCCCUUGUAUAACAUCAUUCCUUAUGUUCCUCAGUAUCAUAGGAUGCAAAUCUAGACAUAAAUGGAAGCCUUUACCUACCAAAGUGUUUAGGGAGAGUAAAGUUAGAUUUCUAUCAAUGUCUAACAGUAUAUUUGAUUAUAUAUAUAUAUAUAUAUUUUUUUUGUAUCGUCAUUAUAUGUGUGGGGAAAGGCAUAUUUAAACCCAUGCAAAAUGACUUUAAAAGUUAUGUCAUGAUAUAAUUUUGACUUAUGAGAAGUCAAUCAAAACCUUAGGAAGUUUAACAAUUCACUCAUUAAUGGUGCUGAAAAUCUGUUAAACCACCAUAUCCUUACUACAAUUUUGAGAUUUCUUUUUAAAGUUUUUAUUAAGUGUGAACUAGCAAUAUCGAUUCUGGUGCUAAAUAUAUGGUGCUAAAUGAAUUGUUAGUGUUAAUAGCUUCAGUAAUGCUCUUUUUAUUCAUUGUUAAAAGUAUUAUCCAUUUAAUUCCUGAUUCAGAUAUAUUAAUAAAAUCCUGUUACCCAUAAA